UCAAGAAUGUGAUGGAAAGAGGACUGGCAAGUGAAAUGAUGAACAUUCAAGAGACACAAUGCUCUCAGAAAUUCAUCUUUAACCACUUUUUAUCAUCCYCAAGAAUUGAAUUUCAUCCCAAUCAAGGGCUGAUGGGACAAGUUAUUUCAGGACUGGGAGAAAUACAAACUUGUUUGAAAACAGAMCAUACGGAGAGCACUAUUCAGGUGAAAUCUGAGACAGAAGCGUUAAAGAAAGAGAUGCUAGUGUUGAUAACUAAAUCCUUUACAGGAGAAGUCAAUUAUGAUGCAAGGGAUGUUAUAGACGUUCAAAUCAAGCCUGAAGAAAAUGUGAAAAUAGAAAAGAAAUAUGUGAGAACUGAUGGUAAAGUAGAAGUUGAAUUCAUGGCUAAAGUAGCUGGUCAGUUGACAGCAGAGGUUCAAGUGAAUGGGAAUCAUGUAUCUAACAGUCCACUAGUGGUGAAUGUGAAGCCACAAAAAAUGAAAACAUCAGGAAAGCUUAAAAUGAAAGGUGUAAAUAUAGGAUCUAGUAAUUUAAAAGGUAUAGCAGUAAAUAGAGACAAUAGCAGGAUCGCUGUUUCAAAUAAUUUUUUUGACUGUGUCCAUGUGUUAACCAAUGAUGGAGAUCUCUUACUGACGUAUGGUAGUCGAGGUAGUGCACAGGGGCAGUUGUCAGAUAGUCCUCAAGGUGUAGCAUUUCUGAAUGAUACAGAUUUAGUCAUAGCAGACUGGGGUAAUCAUAGAAUAUGUAUAGUGAACACUACAACAGGGACAUUGGUAAAAACCUUUGGUAACCAAGGUAACGGAGAUAGACAGUUUGAUAAUCCAUAUGGAGUACACGUUGAUGACGAUGGUAACAUCAUUGUGUGUGAUGGUGGUAAUCAUCGUGUUCAAGUCUUCACAAGAGACGGUGACUAUGAAUAUCAGUUUGGUUUGACAACACAGGACAAGUUUGAUCCAUAUGAUGUGAUAACACAUGAUGGACUGUUUUACGUCAGUGAUAAGAAUAAUCAUGUUAUUCAUGUAUUUGAGAAGAAAGGUAACGUACCGACUAGAAUAUCGACGAUUGGUGGUGAAGGCAGUGCUGAUGGUCAGCUGAAUAAACCAUGUGACCUGGCUAUUGAUAAUGACCAUCAUCUACUGGUGUGUGAUAGUUAUGCUAAACGCGUGCAAAAAUUCACAUUGGAUGGUCGUUUAGUAGGAAAGACUU